AUGAAGAAGGGAUCCACCGCGAGCGCUAUCGCACUUAAGCGCCACUGCCAUAACGUGAUUGACGCAUUGGGUGCGCGGAGCCCGCCCGAGGCCUUCCUCUUCCGCGGCAACGCCUACUACGCGUUGGGGCAGCCGUACUUUGCUCUUGCCGACUACAGCACCGCGGCGCAGGUGCUACAGCUGUCGGGUCGGCACCAGCGUCGCUGCUAUGAUGCGCUCGCCCAUUUUCCUGACCACCAAGUUGGUACGUACCCUUGCGAUGACUCACACCUUCAUCUGUACGUGUAUCCAUACCUUCAAGAGGACUGUGAAUUGAGGCAUAUCGACACGACGGUUGGUCGUGGGGUUGUGGCAAAAGAGAAUAUGCCGCAUGGGACUGUGGUGGUGCGCAGCGCUGCCCCGUGGCUACGGUACCCGACAGAUGAUAGUCUCUGCGCACUUUGUGCAAAACCGCUACCGGAGCGCUUCUUCACCUGUGCCAAUCCCAAGUGUCACGAGGAGUACUGUAGUAGGGACUGCAGGACGAUGGCCCUCUCGCUCUACCACGCCCGCACCUGCUGUCUGGAGGGUUUUCAGGCCAUUGAACUCGACAUCUACACACAAAUGAAGGGUGCUGAAACGAGUACCGAAAAGAACGCGGCAGCCGCACAGCUUUUGAUGUUGCGUGUCCUGGCCGUCUCUCUCCAGCAGCAAAUGAUUCCAUCAGCCUUGAGUGAGAUGCGGAUACUCUCUGGUCGCUUGCCAUUUAGCCCAAAGGUGUUAUGUGGGCCUUUUCUGGAGAUUUACCAACGUUUCACUCGGGCGUGUCACACCGCCACUUCCAUCACAUAUGAGGAAAUGGUUGGCACGUUGGCACGCGUGACGGCUAACUGUUUUCACCGCGACACAUGUGUAGAGCUGCACCUCGCCCGCUCCAUGUUAAAUCAUUCGUGUGACGCAAAUGUUGCAGAGGAUAUAAUAUCGGGGGCGUUGAAAACAACACGCGAUGUUGCGCGGGGGGAGGAGCUUUCGAUCAACUACUACCCGCAGCUGAAGCAUCUCCCCUAUGAGGAGCGGUCCAGGGAACUCGAACGGCGCGGCUUUGUGUGCCACUGUCACUAUUGCCAGAGGAAGAAGGAUGGGUGA